AUGGCCCCUUGGUCUCUCUCCACCCUUCCUUCUUUGCAAGACUGCGAAUGCUUCGGCCACUCCAAGCGCUGCAGCUACAUCGAGCUGCUAAACUCUGUCAUUUGCGUGAGCUGUAAGCACAACACUAGGGGCCAGCACUGCCAGGAUUGCAAGCAGGGCUACUUCCGAAAUAACUCUGCAGAGCCGGAAGAUGAGAAUGUGUGUAUAGGUCAGUUCCCUCACCACUGUCCCCGUCAUCAUCAGCACUGCUUAUAUCGGCUAAUCCUCCACAUGACCCCACCACGUUUAUACCAGCCUAUGACCCUCACCCUCACCUUUCACCUUUCACCUUUCACCUUUCAACCUUUCACCCUAGUGCGUCAAACCUCCAAACUCCUGCCUCGUGUGUUUCACCAUUUAUUUUCUUGUUGCUGUCUUGGUCCUAUCUUCCCCACUGUCUUCUGUCCAUGUGAUUGUGACAUCACUCGCGUCCUUCUCCACAGGGCUUAUGUUUUAA